AUGGAUAGCAAUGAAAAUAUGGCUGAAGUUUCAAGUGUACUUUGUUAUGGUAGUUCUCAAGCUAUAGAGCAUUCUAAUACAGAUAGCUCUAAAACGAACAAAAGAAAGAGAUCGGAGAUAUGGAAUCAUUAUUGUGAGGAAAGAAGUCGUGAGGACCUUGCAAGGAUGGAUGGGUUGAAGGUAGUGGAGGGUGCUAUUCAUAGGAUCCGUAAGGUUGUUAAAUAUAUAAAAUCAUCUCAAGGAAGGUUGGAAUUGUUUAUGGGAAUUGUGAAACAGUUCAAGACGAAUGGUAAGAAAAGGAUAUGCAUAGAUGUACCUACUCGUUGGAAUUCUAUAUAUCUCAUGUUAAAUGAUGCUAUAGAAUUUAAGGAUGUAUUUAUGCGACUUGUGGCUCGGGAUCCUAAUUUUGAUAAUGCGCCAACUGAGGAAGAUUGGUCUCAAGGCAUUAUUAUUUGUAACUUCUUAAAGGUUUUUCAUCUUAUAACUGAAGUUUUUUCACAAACAAAAAAUCCAACUGCAAAUUUGUAUUUCUAUGAAAUUUGGAGAAUCAAUAUGCUCUUGAUUGAAGAAUCUAGGAGUUCAAAUGCAGUUGUGAUGAUGAUGGCUUUAAAGAUGCAAGAAAAAAUUGACAAGUAUUGGAAGGAAUGCUCUCACAUUCUUGCUGUAGGGGUUGUUCUUGAUCCAAGACAUAAGAUGAAUCUUAUUAUUUAUUGCUUUCAAACAAUCCAUGGUAAUGGUGAUCGUGCUUCAUUUGAGAUCAACAAAGUGCGUGAAGUUCUUCAAACUUUUUAUGAUAAUUAUGCAAUUUUAUAUGGCACAAAUGUCUCUCUUGUUCAAGUGGAUGAGAGGGUGUCUACAUCCCAAGGUGGAAGAGAUGAGAAUCGUUUUAUGCAUGGCUAUAAAGAAUUCAUCCACGGAGUACAAGUUACCCAACCAUCGAAGUCAGAAUUAGAGACCUAUUUGGAAGAGAAGGUUCAUCCAUUAGAAGAUCAAAAUUUUGACAUUCUACAGUAUUGGAAAUUCAAUGAAUCAAAAUAUCCAAUAUUGUCUAGGAUGGUACGUGAUAUCUUGACAAUUCCCAUUUCUACCGUUGCAUCUGAGUCUGCCUUCAGCACUGCUGGCAGGAUUUUGGAUGAUUUUCGUAGCAGUCUAUCUCCGAAUACGGUUGAGAUAUUCCACUUCCUCAUACAAAAUACAAGGUUGAAGAUUACGAAACUGUUGUUGAUAUUAAUACCGAUGAUUAGCUUAUGCUGCUGUGGUCGAAUGGAUGAAGAAAAUUGUGGUUCAUUAUACAUGUUCUUAGUUAUAGCAAAGCUAGAUGACAAUGCUAGACUACUUGAUUUUACCGAGAAACUGGAAGCUGCUUGCAUUGGAACUGUGGAGUCUGGAAAGAUGACUAAAGAUCUUGCUCUCCUCAAUCAUGGACCAAAGGUGACUCGAGACCAGUGGUUGAACACUGAGGAGUUCAUUGAUGCAGUGGCAGAGGAGCUGAGAGCAAGACUCCUGGGCAAAUGA